GUCUCUUUCUAUUCUGUGCUCUGUAGAUCAGACCUUCCCUCGACUAUCUAGUUUUGUAUACCAUCACUCGAUCGAUCGAUAGACCAUGACCGGACAAGCCAACUACGGCACUAUUUCGCAGGACGCCGACCCUCCCGUCGAGCGCGAAGAAGAGGAAGAAGAAGAAGAAGAAGAAGGGUCCUUCUUCGAUCAGAAAACAGCCCGCCAGGUGCUGGGAAAGAUCAUCAGCACGAACUUCGCUGUCCUGCAAGCUGGUUUGAAUGAUGCGGCCACCGGCGUCCUCAUCCCCUACAUGCAACCGACCUACCAAAUCGACCUCUUGACCGUCUCCUUCGUGUACCUGGUGAACUUCACGGGCUGGGUGACCGCCUGCUUCGCGAACAUCCACGUCUGCGCGCGCAUCGGCACCGGCGGGACACUGGUGCUGGGCGCCGCGAUCCAGUGUCUCGGGUACGCGCUGAUGUGGUGGCAUCCGCCGCUGCCGGUGUUCAUGGGGGCGUUUUUCUUCACGGGCAUGGGCGUCGCGUUCCAGGAUGCGCAGGCGAACACGUUCACGAUCACGGUGAAGAACGCGCACCGCUGGCUGGGCAUCUUGCAUGCGGUGUAUGGCGCCGGGACCAUCAUUGCGCCGCUGAUCGCGAGCACGAUUGCGUCGCGGACGCCCGAGUGGCAUCAUUACUACCUGGUGACGAUGGGGCUGGGGGUCGUCAAUGUGUGCUUGUUGGCGUGGACGUUUCGGCGCAACCUGUUCCAGCCGAAUGUGGCGACGGCGAAGGAUACGGCGGGAGGCGAGUUCAAGGCGGUGAUGAAGAGUCGGGCGGUUUGGAUUCUCAAUGGGUUUUUCUUUUUGUAUGCCGGGGCGGAAGUGGCGUCUGGAGGAUGGCUGGUGCAGUUCCUCGUGUCGGUUCGCCAUGGCGACUUGGAGAAAAUGGGUUACGUUGCCUCCGGGUUCUGGUCGGGGUUUACGAUAGGCCGGGUGGUUCUUGCAGACAUCACGCACAAGUUCGGAGAACGGCGCAUGGUGUUCAUUUACACCUUGCUGGCAUUGAUCAUGCAGCUGAUGUUCUGGCUGAUCCCCAGUAUCCCUGCGAACGCCGUUACGAUCUGCUUGCUAGGGUUCUUCAUUGGUCCAUUCUAUCCGGUGGGACUAUAUGUUCUCACAGAGGUCAUUCCGCAGGAGCUUCAUAUCGGAGCAAUCGGUUUCACCGCCAGCUUGGGUCAAGCCGGGGCGGCUGCCUUCCCGUUCAUGACGGGCGCCAUAGCCUCCAAGGCUGGCGUUCAGGUGCUGCAACCUAUCAUGGUUGGCUUGCUGAUUGGAAUCGGCUUGCUUUGGGCCAUCGUUCCCAAGAAGAGGCAGAUCACGCUGCAAUGAGAUCUCAUUCGCUACGGGGCCAUGCGGCCGCCCUGUUCCAGAGAGAUUAGCGUACUGCCAUAUCU